AUGGUUUGUACCGUUACAAGUCGUAAGGCCUGCUCAUUACGUACGAGACGCAUCCGUGUGACUUCGUGGGUGCGCUCCAGAGGUCUUCUCGGUCACGUUUUGUUUAUACAGUAGUAUCCCGCGGGGAGACGCGCAGCGGCAGCGCACGGCUGUGGCGCUUGCGCGCGGACACGCGGGAGCGCGUGCGACCCCCGGUGCCAGCGAGGUUCGGUGUGGCGCGACCGUCUCCCACCGCGGAUGAGUCCGGAUUCGAUUCGUUCGCGUCCACCGGAUUCGAAGGGCUGUGCGAGGGUGGGGAGUGGUGUUGUUUUGACGGGAGUCAUCUCCCAUUCCGUGUUCUUUCCAAGGGACCGAACAUGUACGUCGAUUUGGCGCCGGCAAAGUCGUGGAAAAUUCACACGUUUUACCCGGAAUUUUCAGGAAUCGCCAAGACUCCAAUAUCAAUUUACAGUAAUUUUGACGCGGAAAAAAUGGUUAAUGAACGAAGAUGCGUCGGCGCCGGCAUCAAGUCAUCACCGGCACAUUUGCUUGCGAAAUUUCCCAAGACUUUUUCUAUACAUUUCCCUUUAAGUUUAAUACACUAA